AUGAUCCAUUCCCCAGUUCCUCCACUGCGUUUCUCGGCGUUUCUCGACCCCACACACCAGAUCUACCUGCGGUGGGACCAUGAAGACAAUAACAGCUUGAUUACUUUUGAGCUGGAAGCCAAGACAACGGGAUGGGUGGCUUUUGGCUUCACUGUUCACGGAGAGAUAACCAGGGCAGACUUUGUGAUUGGCGGAGUCCUUCCCGACGGCAGCAUCUAUUUCUCAGACUGGCAUGGUGUGGAUGAAGAAACUGUAUUGGAGGACGAAAGCCAAGACUACGAGCUGCUGUCUUUAACCCAGGAUGAGACAACCACCACCAUGGCAUUCAGGCGAUAUUUCCAUACCUGCGAUGAGCAUGACCUGGACAUCACGGGUGACACACUACGACUGAUUGCUGGCUACGGUACGGAUGACACAAUUGACUUCUUCAAAGGGAGAAUAAUCCACAAAUCUCUCUUCUUGAUGCUGCUGUCAACUGAAGAUGAAUUGCACUCACCCAGUGUCUAUAAGGUGUAUGACCUGAAGCUCAACGAUUUCCCUAUCCCAGAGGAUGACACCACCUAUGCCUGCACUUUCAUACCAUUGCCAAUCGUCAAGGAAAAACAUCACAUCUACAAGUUUGAGGCCAUGAUCACUCCUCGGAACGAAACCAUGGUGCACCACAUCCUGGUAUAUGCAUGCGGCAACGCCAGCGUGCUGCCGACCGGGGUCAGCGACUGCUACGGAGCGGAUCCUGAUUUUGCCCUAUGCUCCCAGAUAGUCGUGGGCUGGGCUGUAGGAGGAGGGAGCUACAUGUUCCCAGAUGAAACUGGAAUCUCCUUAGGUACGCCAAUUGAUCCCCAGUGGAUCCGGUUAGAAGUCCACUACAGCAAUUUUAAUGGAAUUCCAGGCUUGAUUGACAACUCGGGGAUACGACUCUAUUAUACUUCGGAGCUGCGUCCUUAUGACAUGGGGGUUCUACAGACAGGAUUCUUCACAUUUCCAAUCCAUUUCCUCCCCCCUGGAGCCGAGUCCUUCAUGUCCUACGGUGUCUGCAAUACCAGUCAGUUUGAUGAUAUGAAUGGAGUUCCAGUGCCUGAUAUGCAUGUCUUCGGUUACUUGCUUCAUACCCACUUGGCUGGGGUGGGAGUGAGAGGAGUCCAGUACCGGUAA